AUGGCAGAGCAAAUAGGAACCCCUGGCUCCAACGCUGACAUGUCAGUCAACGGGCAGAACAAAGCUCCUAAAGACAAAGCGUGUCCUUUCUGCGCCCAGCAGUUCACUUCGUCGUCCCUCGGCCGUCAUCUCGAUCUGUACAUCAAGGAGAAAAACCCCAAGGCGCCGGACGGGAUACAUGAUGUGAUUGAGAUCAGGAAGCUGAGAGAGGGGAUCACAAGGAGACAGCCAAGGACCUCGGGGUCGAGGAACUCUAGGAGGGAGGAUUCUACACCAGCUGGGACGCCGGGCGCUCAUGACAGGAGGAGCCCACGACCGGAGUCUGGGAAUGAGUCGCCGAGUCUGAAGAGGGAAGAUGGUAUGGGAGAUGGAAUCCAUUACAAGAGGAGGUCAGGUUUCUCUUUGAACAAGGGGACUUGGGAGUCAACGGGUGUGAUGAACCACAUCCCGCCACCGAGGGACAGUAUGGCGAGGAGUUGGGAUGGGGAGGAUAGGGAUGCGAGUAGGAGGUUGGAGCCUAGGAAUAGGUCGGUGAGCAAGCAGAUGCUCGCCAAGACGACGUUUGAGCAGAAGCAAAAGAUGAUCGAUGCGCUAGAUAAUGCGAAGGCUGCUGAACUGGCGUUGAGAGAGCUGUUGGGGUCGAUACGAGCUGCGAAGCAACGUAUUGACGGCCCCGAUAUCUUUGACUACGACCCCCUGAAGCUCGACUUUCCCUCCCUGGCUCUCCACUGCCUCCCACCACCUCCAACAUUAUACCAAAGCACCACCAUCCCUACUACAAACUCCUGGUCCACCCACCCCCCGGGCGAAACCCAAUACCACGCCCUGGUAGACCACUUCUCAGCCGCAUUCCACAAGUGGCGAGUCUCGGUAGCAAUAGCCACUACCACCCCCCCUGACGACCUCUCCUACCCACUCAAUCCCCAAUCCUCCAUGUUCGGGCUCGAAGACCCCGCAGAGGUCGCCCAACAAGCCGAAGCAGCCGCCACGGAACUCGAGAACAAGAUAUCCAGGCACUUACACAUCUCCUUCGGCCACUGGACCGCCCUCCCCAUGCCGAAACGUAGCGAGAUCUGGACACUGGAACUCGCCCGUGGCAUCGGCCGCAAAUCCGAGGAGAUAGAAAAGCUAAAGAAAGAGCGCGAUUUCCAUAAACAGGAAACAGCACACUUGAGACAGCAAGUCGAUGAAUUAAGCAGGCUGCAGCAUCCUCGGGAAUUCAAGCUUUCUCCGCCAAGCACCAUUGCGUUUGGGGCGCCGCUGCUGAGUAUGAUGGCUGAUGAGGGCAUGCAAGCUAAUUCUACGGGGCUCACGCUCUUAGAUGGGAACAUGCCGCUAGAUGCUGUGAUUGAACGGGCCAUUGGACGGUGGAAGGGGGUGGUGAGGGAGGCGAGGGGGAGCGCGGGGAAUGGAAGUGGGCUCGCGGCGCAGAGGAGCUUGAGCGGUGGUUCUUCGCACUCCGCAACGAGCAGCGUUCCCCCCCAACUUCAACAGCUCAAACAACCUCAGCAACACCAAAAUCCGAACGGGAACGCUCAAGAGAGUGGAAAUGGAAACGGGGUCCAGGCUCAGGCUCAAGCGCAAAGCACGGUACCGGUCAUCACCAGUCCCGUCAUGACGCCGAUGGGAGCGUCAGCUGGUGAUGGAAGCGAAGCCGAUGCUGACGCCGAUGCGGACGCAGAUGCGGACGCGGACGCGGACGCCGAUAUGGACGACGACGAUAGUUAUGUGGAGCAGAUGAGUGAGAUGGGGCGUAGUCGGAUGAAUGGGUCAGCGUCAACGAGCUUGAGGCUGAGUAAUAGCAACCCAGGUGAUGGAGGUGGUGGUGAUGGUAAUAGUGGUGGUCAGCAGCAGCAGCAGCAGCAGCAGCAAAGGAGUGAUUUGGAUAUCUCGACGAGGAUGGAGGGGCUGGAGGGCCAGGUUGUGCCAGGGUAUGUGAGGAUUGGUGCUUAA